AAAUGGAAAACGAGGUGUAUAAUAAUGAUAACGAAGAAGAAAAAAGGUUUUUAGAUGAGGAAUUUGUAGAAGAGGAUUGGCAGCUAAAAAUCCCUAGAGAGUCUUCUUCUCCUCCUCCAAAAACAUUUUUUGAAAAAGAAAAAAGACUUGCUCCUCCAAAUAAAAGAUCAACAAAACCAAAAAUAAUAUAUUCCUCUUCUUCAAUGUUAAAAUAUCCUUCCUCUUCUUCCAAAAGUUUUUACCAACAAUUGGAGCCUUGGAAACUUUCAAUGGCACCAAAUCUUUUCCCAACACCAAUAUCACCACAACCCUUAACUCCAUUAGAUAACCAACGACUUUUUAAUGAAGGAGAGGAAGAAGAAGAUUUACUUAUUCAACAUCGAAAUACUUCUCCAGUACAUGUAGAUGCUUUAAGGGAUUUGACUAUUACAAUGCUGGGACCUGCUGUUGGAGGGUAUUUUUUAGAAAAAUUAUUUUUUUGGUUUUAA